AUGGCCGAUAAAUGUCAAAAGCUCACAUCCCUCAACAUUAGUCAUUCAAAGUUGAAAACCCUUGACCUUGGGUUGACUCCAAAUCUGAAGAAGUUAGAUCUAAAAGAAUGUAAGAAUUUGUUACAACUUCAUGUUCCCAUUGGAUGUCUAGAAAAUCUUGUCUACUUGAACUUAAGAGGCUGUUUGGGGUUUACAUCUUUUAUGUUUGACAAAAGGAAUUUUCAGUUUGAAUGCUUUUACAUUGAUGAUCCCAAGGACCGUGUGACUAGAAAUCUUAAGCAGCUUAUUUAUGAAGGUCUGUGUGCUUGCACUAACCUUGAGACACUUUCAGAAAGCACUUGUGGGUCACGAUGUUUAAGAAAGCUUAAACUCGAAGCGUAUCCGGAGGCUCCCAAGAAACUUGACCACGAAGAAUGUCUAGAAGAGCUAAGUUUUUCUAUGACAAAUAUGAAACAUCUUCCGGAUAGCAUUUGUAUGUUGAAACAUCUGGAAGUUCUUCAACUUAAACAUUGUUGGAGUCUUGAGAAGUUACCUGAGGAUAUUGGCCGAUUAGAAUGUUUAAAAAAUCUGACUUUAUCAGAUACAAAGAUUAAACAUCUUCCUGAUAGCAUUUGUAUGUUGAAACAUCUGGUAUUUCUUGAGCUUCGUGAUUGUUCCUUUCUUGAGAAGUUGCCCGAGGAUCUUGGCCAACUAGAAUGUUUAGAGACGCUAUAUUUGUUGCAUGCAAAGAUUGAACAUCUUCCAGAUAGCAUCUGUAUGUUGAAACAUCUGAGAACACUCGCUGUUCAUUGUUCUUCACUUAAGACAUUACCAAAGGAUCUUGGCCAACUAGAAUGUUUAGAGACGCUAUAUCUGUCAUACUCAGUGAUCAAGCAUCUUCCGGAUUCUAUUUGUAUGUUGAAAGAUUUGAAACAGCUCGAUCUGAUUCAUUGUUCAUCGCUUGAGAAAUUACCAGAGGAUCUUGACCAAUUAGAAUGUUUACGGAGACUAUCCCUAAGGAAGUGCAAGCUUUUACGAGAUUUUCCAAUCAGCAUCUGUAAGAUAAAACGUUUAGAAAUUUUAGGGGGUCGAGAGGCCUUCUUGAAUCCUGUGGUUUUACAUCCGAGAUACAAACCGUCUCGUACGAAGAUACCUGCUUUGUAG